GCUGCCGGCUUCCUUCCGAGAGAGCCAUGCGUCUUCGAGAGCGUGAGAGAGCGGAUCCCGGCGCAGGCUCCCUGGGGUGACACUGUUCAUGGAGGUGAGCGCCAGGCCUGCUGAGCCUCCGCAGAGCCGCCAGCCAUGCCCGGGAUCGUGGUGUUCCGGCGGCGCUGGUCUGUGGGCAGCGACGACCUCGUGCUGCCCGCCGUCUUCCUCUUCCUCCUGCACACCACCUGGUUUGUGAUCCUGUCCGUGGUGCUCUUCGGCCUGGUCUACAGCCCGCACGAGGCCUGCUCCCUGAACCUGGUGGACCACGGCCGCGGCUACCUGGGCAUCCUGCUGAGCUGCAUGAUCGCCGAGAUGGCCAUCAUCUGGCUGAGCAUGCGCGGCGGCAUCCUCUACACGGAGCCCCGCGAGUCCAUGCAGUACGUGCUCUACGUGCGCCUGGCCAUCCUGGUGAUCGAGUUCAUCUACGCCAUCGUGGGCAUCGUCUGGCUCACUCAGUACUACACCUCCUGCAACGACCUCACGGCCAAGAACGUGACCCUCGGGAUGGUCGUCUGCAACUGGGUGGUCAUCCUCAGCGUCUGCAUCACCGUCCUCUGCGUCUUCGACCCCACGGGCCGCACCUUCGUCAAGCUGCGGGCCACCAAGAGGAGGCAGCGCAACCUGCGGACCUACAACCUCCGGCACCGGUUAGAGGAGGGCCAGGCCACGAGCUGGUCGCGCCGCCUCAAAGUGUUCCUCUGCUGCACCCGGACCAAGGACUCGCAGUCAGAUGCCUACUCGGAAAUCGCCUACCUCUUUGCGGAGUUUUUCCGGGACCUGGACAUUGUGCCCUCGGACAUCAUUGCUGGCCUGGUCCUGCUGCGGCAGCGACAGCGGGCCAAACGCAACGCCGUGCUGGACGAGGCCAACAAUGACAUCCUGGCCUUCCUGUCGGGGAUGCCCGUGACCAGAAACACCAAGUACCUCGACCUCAAGAACUCGCAGGAGAUGCUGCGCUACAAGGAGGUCUGCUACUACAUGCUGUUCGCGCUGGCCGCCUACGGCUGGCCCAUGUACCUGAUGCGGAAGCCCGCCUGCGGCCUCUGCCAGCUGGCCAGGUCCUGCUCGUGCUGCCUGUGCCCCUCCCGGCCCCGGUUUGCGCCCGGCGUCACCAUCGAGGAAGACAACUGCUGCGGCUGCAACGCCAUCGCCAUCCGGCGCCACUUCCUGGACGAGAACCUGACGGCCGUGGACAUCGUCUACACCUCCUGCCACGACGCGGUGUACGAAACCCCCUUCUACGUGGCGGUGGACCAUGACAAGAAGAAGGUGGUGAUCAGUAUUCGGGGAACCCUGUCCCCCAAGGACGCCCUGACGGACCUGACGGGUGACGCCGAGCGCCUGCCCGUGGAGGGCCACCGCGGCACCUGGCUGGGACACAAGGGCAUGGUCCUCUCGGCUGAGUACAUCAAGAAGAAGCUGGAGCAGGAGAUGGUGCUAUCCCAGGCCUUCGGGAGGGACCUGGGCCGCGGAACCAAGCACUACGGCCUGAUUGUGGUGGGCCACUCCCUGGGCGCGGGCACGGCCGCCAUCCUCUCCUUCCUCCUGCGCCCCCAGUACCCCACCCUCAAGUGCUUCGCCUACUCGCCGCCUGGGGGCCUGCUGAGCGAGGACGCCAUGGAGUACUCCAAGGAAUUCGUGACGGCCGUGGUUCUGGGCAAAGACCUUGUCCCCAGGAUCGGCCUGUCCCAGCUGGAGGGGUUCCGCAGACAGCUCCUGGACGUCCUGCAGCGGAGCACCAAGCCCAAAUGGCGAAUCAUCGUGGGAGCCACUAAGUGCAUCCCCAAGUCGGAGCUGCCCGAGGAGGCGGAGGUGACCACCACGGCCAACGCGCGGCUCUGGACCCACCCCAGCGACCUGACCAUCGCCCUGUCGGCCAGCACCCCCCUCUACCCGCCCGGCCGCAUCAUCCACGUGGUGCACAACCACCCCGCGGAGCAGUGCUGCUGCUGCGAGCAAGAGGAGCCCACGUAUUUCGCCAUCUGGGGCGACAACAAGGCCUUCAACGAGGUGAUCAUCUCCCCGGCCAUGCUGCACGAGCACCUCCCCUACGUGGUCAUGGAGGGGCUCAACAAGGUGCUGGAGAACUACAACAAGGGGAAGACGGCCUUGCUCUCUGCUGCCAAGGUCAUGGUGAGCCCCACCGAGGUGGACCUCACUCCCGAGCUCAUCUUCCAGCAGCAGCCGCUGCCCACCGGGCCGCCCGUGCCUGCCGGCCUCGCCCUGGAGCUGCCCCCCCCAGACCACCGGAACAGCAGCGCCAGAAGCAAGUCCCAGUCGGAGGUGAGCCUGGAGGGCUUCUCGGAGGGGCGGCUGCUGUCCCCGGUGGCUGCAGCCGCGGCCGCGCGCCAGGACCCCGUGGAGCUGCUGCUGCUGUCCACGCAGGAGCGGCUGGCGGCCGAGCUGCAGGCGCGGCGGGCGCCGCUGGCCACCAUGGAGAGCCUGUCGGACACGGAGUCCCUGUACAGCUUCGACUCGCGCCGCUCCUCCGGCUUCCGCAGCAUCCGCGGCUCGCCCAGCCUGCACGCCGUGCUGGAGCGCGACGAGGGCCACCUCUUCUACAUCGACCCCGCCAUCCCCGAGGAGAACCCGUCCCUGAGCUCCCGCACCGAGCUGCUGGCCGCCGACUCCCUGUCCAAGCACUCCCAGGACACCCAGCCCCUGGAGGCCGCCCCGGGCAGCGGGGGCGCCACCCCCGAGCGGGAGGAGGAGGGGGGCGGCGGGGGGGCGCCCCGCGGAGAGCUGGCGCUGCACAACGGGCGCCUGGGGGACUCGCCCAGCCCGCAGGUGCUGGAGUUCGCCGAGUUCAUCGACAGCCUCUUCAACCUGGACAGCAAGAGCGGCUCCUUCCAGGACCUGUACUGCAUGGUGGUGCCGGAGAGCCCCACCAGCGACUACGCCGAGGGCCCCAGGUCCCCCAGCCAGCAGGAGAUCCUGCUCCGGGCCCAGUUCGAGCCCAACCUGGUGCCCAAGCCCCCGCGGCGCUUUGCGGGCUCCGCCGACCCCUCCUCGGGCAUCUCGCUGUCGCCCUCCUUCCCGCUCAGCUCCUCGGGGGAGCUCAUGGACCUGACGCCCACCAGCCUCAGCAGCCUGGACAAGAUCCGGACUCCCACCCCGCCCGGCCGCGGGGCCGGCCCCGCCCAGCAGGAGGACCUGGCCAUCUCGGCACGCUAGCCCCCCACCCCCGCCCCCCAGCGCCUGCGCCAGAGCCGGCGGCCCCUCGG